AUGUCGUACUAUCCACCACCAGGGGCUCCUCCUUAUGGGUACCCUCCACCACCACAUGGUCAGUGGCAAGGCCAGCCUCCCCCUCAGCCAUAUGGUUAUCCCCCGCAACCAUACUAUGGACAGCAACCUCCUUAUCCGGCGCAAGGUAAACAACCGCCGCCCCAACCACCUAGACCGUAUCCAGGUGCAUAUCCAUCACCCUCACCGCAACCUCCCGUGUAUCAUCACACGCCAAGUCCCCAACCACCACCGGGUGGCUUCAGACCGUCACCUCAGCCCUAUGGACAGGCCCCACCUCCUCACCCGUCGCAUCAGCACCACCUGAGUGCGUCUCGUAAUGAACCUCGACCGAUCUCGCCAAAUUUACCUCCACCGCCGCCUCAAAAUCUGCAGCACUUCGGUUCAGGCGCGCCGUCUAAUUAUCAGUUCCAGUACUCGGCCUGUACUGGACGCCGUAAGGCCCUUUUGAUCGGCAUUAACUAUUUCGGACAACCGAACACAUUGCACGGCUGCAUUAAUGAUGUAACUAAUAUGUCUGCUUUCUUACAUGACCGAUUUGGGUAUCGACGCGAGGAUAUGGUUAUUUUGACUGAUGACCAACGUAAUCCAAUGAGCAUUCCAAACAAGCAGAACAUCAUCCGUGCUAUGCAUUGGCUUGUGAAGGAUGCACAACCCCAUGACUCUUUGUUUAUCCACUUUUCGGGUCACGGUGGUCGAACACCAGACUUGGAUGGAGAUGAGGAUGAUGGAUUCGAUGACGUUAUCUACCCAGUCGACUACCGUACUGCCGGCCAUAUUGUUGACGAUGAUAUGCAUGCUAUCAUGGUACGUCCAUUGCGACCCGGUGUCCGAUUGACGGCCAUUUUCGAUUCAUGUCACUCGGGAACUGCCCUGGAUCUACCAUAUAUCUACUCGACACAGGGUGUGCUCAAAGAGCCUAAUCUGGCGAAGGAAGCCGCCCAGGAUCUGUUUAGCGCCUUUAGCUCUUACUCACAGGGCGAUCUGUCCAGCAUGGCUAGUACCGCCAUUGGAUUUUUCAAGAAGGCCGCUAACGGGGGCCAAGCGCGUCAGCGCACCUUAAAGACUAAGACGUCACCAGCAGAUGUGGUGAUGUUUUCCGGGUCCAAAGAUACGCAAACAUCGGCCGAUACUUUCCAAGACGGACAGGCGCGUGGAGCAUUGAGCUGGGCGUUUAUAAAAUCUCUAAAGCAAUGGCCACAGCAAUCUUAUCUGCAGCUAUUGAAUACGAUUCGGGCGGAACUCGACGGGAAAUACUCACAAAAGCCGCAACUCAGCAGCAGCCACCCUCUUGAUGUCAACUUGCGCUUUGUUAUGUAA